AUGUUAUACGAUUCGGGGUCUACAACGGCGAAUGUCACACCUAUGAUUAAAGCUGAAGAAGUUCACGAUGUGCCAUCAUUAAUGCUCGAUGAGGAACUCGAUCUGAUAUUAUCAAAUACACACCCUUCACAACGAGAACAGCAACAACAGCAACAACAGCAACAACAGCAACAACAACAGCAGCAACAACAACAACAACAACAGCAGCAACAGCAGCAGCAGCAACAACAUAAUGACCAUAACUACCACCAAGACCAGUUGACAGCGACCAGUCUACUUUACCAACCCGAAAAUGACCAAACCCAAGUAAAACAUAGAAAAAAUACCGAAUCAGCUUUAGAUAUCACAAGUGUUACGGAUGCGGACUUAGAUAUCAAUUCCAACUCAAACAAUGCAAAAACUUCACUGGUACAGACACUGAUACUGGAUGCAACUGCUAAAUCGCCAAAAACAAAUGAUCAGCGGCAGACCUCGAUCAAGGGUGAAAGUCAAUCUCAUGUAUCUGAAAAUGACGUUGCGUCACAACAGCAAAAAAAAGAGUUAAAGCAAGAGCAACAGCAGCCUAGAGUCUCUGCGUAUGCCAAGUUGGAAUUUGAGAAUUUCACCUUUUACGUACAAACGCUUCAGGUUGUCCUUGGUAGAAAGUCUCAUGAUGAGUUGAUGCACCAAAAUGUUGAUGUGCACCUAUCUGAAAAAAAGGCAAUCUCAAGAAGACACGCCAAAAUUUUUUACAACUUCGGAACCCAGAGAUAUGAAAUCUCCGUGUUAGGUAAAAACGGAGCUUUUGUUAACGAUAAUUUUGUUGAAAAAGGUCUCACAAUCCCAUUAAAAAAUACCGAUAAAAUCCAGAUUGGCGACAUUGAAUUUAAGUUUAUCUUACCAGAAGAUCUGUCAAAUGAUGGCAAGAAUGCAAACGGCAAUUCAACAGAACCUAAACCAUUUAACCCAAGCGAUGCAAUAAACUUAAAAUCAACUUUAUUUUCAAAAACACCCACACCUCAAAGCUCUCCCAAGAAAAAACAAACUUUACAAGAUAUAACAUCCGAUGUAAUUGAAUCAUUGCUGCCGUCAUCAUCGGGAGCGGGAACUGCAAAAGUGCAUUUUGCCGAAAGCUCAAAGUCAUCUGGAGUUGGUACGAGCGCUGAAGUAAAGACCAAACUCAAAACUGAAUCAGGUAAUGAAGCCGAAACUAGUGCUGGAAGUGGUACCAGUAUCAAGACAGGCACUGGAGCUGUCAGUGAUACUGUUACGGGUACUGGUACUGGUCCUGGUACUAGUACUGGUGCCGCAAUUGGUGCAGGAAAUGCUACAGGAACUGAAACUAAUGCCGCUGCUGAUGCUGAUGCUGGAACUGGUACGGGAACACAUCGUAAGUCGAUGAGCCGACGCGACUCAAUUAUGAAACUCCGACGAUUGUCAAAAUCACAUGGCGCCGCCGAUGAAAUCAACGAGUUGUUGAAAGAGAUUGGAUUGAACCCUGUGGCUGACGCCAACGGAGACGAGCCCAUGGAUUUGGAUGCACAAAUUCAGCUUCUCCUCAAUGAAGAUGCCAAUGACCUAGUAUUGAAGGAGGAAAAAGAUACUUUGCAGGCAAAAAAUGCAUUAUACAACGAGUCUGCCAUUAUUGAUGACGGCGAGGAAUUAGGUAACAUUGUUAAAAGCUUUGAUCAAGCUGAUAAUGAAAUAAAAAAGUUAGAUACUCAAGUUAACAGCCUCGGCGUGGAGAUAUCUGAGCUUUCAAAAGCACCAAACAAUCAAAAUCAGUCCCUAAUCAGAGAAAAGGAGUUGAAAAAGAAGAAUCUUGAGGAUUUAAAACGCGAAAAAGAGCAACAUCUUCAACAAAGAAGAAACUCGUAUGUGAAAAAUGCCGGUCCUAUUAGGGCAACACCACUUAUGGGCAAACCAGCCUCAAUCCAACCACCUGCGUCAUCAUCGAUAUACAAUCGUAUGCAUGGCUUGGUGGGCGAUAGAGGAGCAGGUUUUCCAUUCAUGUCUCAUUCGAGUCAAGUUUUCCCACCACCACCAAAAUUGACAGCAACAGUGCACAUAAUUACAUCUGAACCGUCGACAAUCAGAGCUCGACCUCCGUUAAGGGCAAUCACCGUGAGCGACGCCUCCUACUUGUCUGCGUUUUAUUAUCCAAAGACAACAGAAGAACCAUCGAAAUACCCAAAACAAAAGGGUAAGAAAAUUAUACCUAGAAAACAACCCAAGAGAGUAUAUUCGGCAGAAGAAAUCCCAGAAAAGUGUCGCGUUAAGCCGAACUUGUCUUUCAACACCAUGAUUAUGGAGGUUUUAAAAGCGCCUUCUGCAAGUCAGGCUGGUUUGACCAUCAACGAGAUCAUAGAGUCAAUCAAAGAAGUUUUUCCGUACUACAAGUAUUGUGCAGAUGGAUGGCAAGCAUCAAUUAGUCACUGUAUCAAGUUUUCCAAAUUUUACAAACGUACCUCUAAAAAGGGACCAACUGAAUGGCAGUAUGUAAUCGACAACUUGUAUUUGCAAGAGCGCAAUACAAUUAAACAACAACAAAAACUGAUUGCCGAGGCUAAAGCUAAAGCAGAAUUUUUACGACAAGAAGAGAUUCGAAAGAAGCAAAGAUUGGAAGCACAACAGCAUUUCAGUAAUCAAAUGUUUUUGAAAAGAACCCAAUUUGCGCAUCCACAAUCUUCACUUCCAUUACAAAAUGCUUUGCUGAAUACAUUGCAACAAAACCUAUCAAAAGGAAACAAUUUUUCUCAAGUGCCAAAUCUGAAAAAUGCCAUCAACAAACCAAUGGGAAAUAUGUCGCAUAUUAACACCGGAGUGGCAGCAACAUCUACAAGUUUAACUUCAACAGCAACAGCGCCUCAUUCCUCAUUCUCUUCUGCCGGUUCUGUAUCGUCUUCUUCUCUUCCACUUGCCUCCUCGCAGAAUGCACAAAUCAGUACACCAGUACUGAAUAUAACACCAGCACCAUCAGCUGCAAGACCGGUUGCAGCUACAGGCAACACAAACACUUUAUCGUCGUCUUCCCCAUCUGCAGCAAGCUCGACACAGUCGCAAAAGUCGCUAGAAUAUUUGAGAAAAGAAUUGUUUUCGCAGUAUAAAGCACGAGAAUUAAGUUACGAUCGAGAGACAGCAACUUCUUUGAUUACAAAGGCUUUAGCAACUACUAUAGCUCAAGUAAACACUAUUGGAGCAAAAGCUGGAUGCGGUGACAAUGCUUUGGAAUUUUUAGUUGAGAAAGCACCACAACAAGUUAGCAAAAUAUUGGGGAUUGCCUUGUCUAAGUCAAUAAAAGAGCAUGAGGGUGUUGGUUCUAAUACUCCAAGCAAACCAGGAACACCUGUCCCUGCGCGGUCGCAAAUUACUGCACAGCAAUUGCAACCACAACCACAACCACAAUCUCAGCCACUGGUACAACCUUAUUCCCAAUCGCAAUCUCCACCACCGCCUCUGCUGCAAUUGCAACCGCAACCGCAACUGCAACCGCGACCUCAACUUCAACCACAACUGCAUCUGCAAUCACAAUCGUUCCUUUCCACUAGUAGACACCCAGUUAGUCUGGAACAUGGUAAAUCAUCCAUGCAGCAAAGUAAUGCGACUACAUUCCAGUCGCUGCAAUCAAAACUGCUGGGUCAUUUAUCAAAUGGAGUAUCGUCGUUACCUUCCCUGGCACACCAAUCACCCGUGGCUUCAAUAUCUUCUCCCCUUGUUACAACCAGUAUUCCAGUAUCAACAACUACAACAUCAACUCCUCUCUCUGCUACAAAAGAACAAAACACUAAAUUUACUGGAAGCACGCUGUCCCUGCUGGUUUCUCAAUUUCAGCCACAGCCACAGACACUGCAGUCUCCACACGCACUACAUGCUCGUCCGGCAUCAGUAAUAUCGCAGCAGCACCUGAAUACACAAAAUUUUCACACAUCUGCAACACCAUCUGCACCGGCAUCAGUGUCGCCUUCGCCGUCUCCACAACUUUCUCACUCGCCUACAAAACCACCAAACUACAAACCUCCACUGUACGGCAAGCCACCAUCUUUAGGACGUCCAGGUUCAUUUGCAAAACCGCCGGCUUAUGGGAAACCUCCGGGUGUUGGUAGUGGUUUAUCUCGGCCUCCUACAUUCUUGUCAAACAAACCUACAUUUCUGAAUGGUGCACAAAAGAGGGAGCUGGAUUCUACAAAUUAUGACAAAGACCAUGCAAACAAAAUUGCCAAAACAUAA